GGUAUCUCCAGGCCGGUGUGGGAAAGGAACCAGCCGCUGCCACACCUCCGUCACCUUAAGCAAGGUCGUGGUUUGGUCACGUGACCCACGGUCAGGCAUAAAAGGUGGUGUCGCUCCCCAGUUUGUUCCACCGUGUUGGUCAUGAUGAAGGGACUGCUCGUGUUCACCGCACUGCUCGUGGCCGUUUUUGGCAAGGAGACUUUUGAGGGGCAUCAGGUGCUCCGUAUCACCGCUAAGGAUGAAGUCCAACUGUCUCUCAUCAGGGACUUGGAGGAGAUGGAGCAGCUCCAGCUGGACUUCUGGAGGGAGGCCACUGAUGUAGCUACCCCAGUGGAUGUCAGGGUGCCCUUCCACAGCCUGCAGGCCACCAAAGCCUACCUGGAGGCCCAGGACAUCCAGUACGCCAUCAUGAUCAAGGACCUACAGACUGUGCUGGAUGAGGAGCAGCAGCAGAUGCAGUCCGCUGCCCGCGCCGCAGAGCCCAGAAACACCGACAGCUUCGACUACUCCAACUACCACAGCAUCAGUGAGAUCUACAGGUUCCAGGACAUGCUAGUGGCUGAGAACCCCAACCUGGUCAGCAAGAUGGUGAUUGGUCAGAGCUAUGAAGGACGUCCCCUUAAUGUGCUCAAGUUCAGCACCGGUGGAACCAAACGCCCUGCCAUCUGGAUCGACACUGGAAUUCACUCCAGGGAAUGGGUUACUCAGGCCAGUGGCACCUGGUUUGCCAAGAAGAUCGUGACUGACUAUGGACGUGACCCUGUUCUCACAGCCAUCCUCAACAAGAUGGACAUCUUCCUGGAGAUUGUGACCAACCCUGAUGGUUUCUACUAUACCCACAGCUCUAACCGUAUGUGGCGUAAGACCAGGAAGCCCAACCCUGGCUCUUCCUGUGUUGGAGUGGAUCCCAACAGGAACUGGGAUGCUGGUUUUGGAGGACCCGGUGCCAGCGGCAGCCCCUGCUCUGAGACUUACCGCGGACCAAAGGCUCACUCUGAGUCCGAGGUCAAGUCCAUCGUUGACUUUGUGAAGUCCCACGGCAACAUCAAGGCCUUCAUCUCCAUUCAUGCCUACUCCCAGAUGCUCCUGUACCCCUAUGGCUACACCAGGACCCCCGUCAAGGACCAGAGAGAGCUGCAUAGCCUGGCUAAGAAGGCUAUCACUGACCUCGCCUCCCUGUACGGCACUCGCUACAGAUACGGCAGCAUCAUCAACACCAUCUACCAAGCCAGCGGCGGCACCAUUGACUGGACCUACAAUCAGGGCAUCAAGUACUCCUACACCUUUGAGCUGAGGGACACCGGUCGCUAUGGUUUCAUCCUGCCAGCCAAUCAGAUCAUCCCCACUGCCUCUGAGACCUGGCUGGCUCUGAUGGCCAUCAUGGAUCACACCAGCAAGAACUAAUGUGUGUAAAGUGGAAAUCCCUGAGAUGCUGUUAUUAGCUAAUAUCAUCACCAUGAACAUCAAUUACUCUUGAAGCACCAUUAAUGCCACAGACAAAU